AUGAUAAUAACAAAGAAGAAGACAUUAUACUCGAGUGGUGGUGGGACACCAUCAUUGCUCUCUUUUAAAACACACCACCACUAUUACACUUUUACGAAAUUAAAUUUAAUACUAUUACUUUUAUGCAUCAUUACAACUCUAUUUGUAAAUACUACAAAUUGUACAUAUCAUCAACAACAACAACAACAGAAUAAUAAGAAUAUUAAUAAGAUAAACAUCAAUAAUAAUAAUAAUAAUGUAACAACAAUCGAAAAUAUAAAGAUCGAAGAUUAUAAUCAUCGUGAUAAAGAUAUAGAUGAUUUGAUUAAAUCAUUUAAACCAAAGUACUAUACUAAUAAUGUAAAGAAAUAUGAUUCACUAAAUACACAAUGUACAGAAUAUGAACAACCAAUAGUUGGAGAUUUUGGGUUUAGUAACCUUGCCAAUGGAUUAACGACGAGUUGGAUAUUUGAUAUGAGUAACAAUCUAAUGAAAAAGGCAAUGUUUAGGUUGUGUACAGACGAUGAAUGCGGUUCACCUAGAUAUACUUUGCAAGGAGACUAUUAUGCAGAGAUGAACUAUAGUCCGCUGUUGUUGGGUGUGGAACAGACCAUGUCACUCAUACAACCUGUUGUACUCAACCCGCUACCCGACUUGACGCAGACAUACUACCUCGAGUUUUCACUAACCAGUUGUCUGUUUCCAGAGACAUUGCGACCACAGUUUUGGGUGGAUGUUGGCGGUAGUGGCAACCUGAUGUUUCAGUCGACCGGCACUAUCCUGUAUGGCGGUCUGCAAAAGAUCGAUAUGUUGCAGGUGAUGGACAGAGAGUCGUUGGAUGGCACUCCAAAGAACCUGACGUUUAUCGCGUCGUACAGGACAAACGACGAGACGGACGUGCGGGCGGUAUCGUGCGGCUACAUGUUGUCGGGCGUAUCGAUUCGACGUGGGCCGGCGACUCAGGCGGCGUUGGUCGAGGGUGACGUAGUGCGAGGUCGUGUGGGAGCUGACCAGCUUUACGCAGAUCAGCGGCACGACCAACCUGAUCCUGUCGACACUCGGCAUUAUCAACAGCACCGUGCAGUACUCUGGCACGUUUGUCUAUGUGCGCGCGCUGUCCACCAUGGUCGUGCGCUACAGCAAUUUCACCCAAAACAAAGAGAGUCUGUUUGUGCAACAGGCCAACUCGGCGCUCACUAUCAUCGGCUCGUCUUUUUACGCCAACCAGGCCAAUCGGUGGGGCUCGGUGUUGUACCACAACUUUCACGACAACCGUGCUACGAUGGGUGGCGGUGUCGUCUACUUUCAGACGCUGCCACCCGUGUUUGGCGACGAUGUUGUCUUUGCCAACAACACGGCUGGGUACGGGCCGAGCAAGGCCACGCCACCCGCGUCGCUGCAGAUCCAGGAUCCGGAAUGCGUGCCGCGUAUAGUCACGUCGGGACAGACCCGUGUCACCUGCGCCGUCGUCAUCAUGGACAGUCUCGGACAGAUGGUGUUGAGCUCCGACCUGCUCUACAUCAAGGUGUACAUGCAGAUCAACUUUGCGACAAUCGACUUGAUGCACUUUGA